GAUGAUGAGCGAGAGAGUGAGACAGUACGGCUAUGAUCUGAGCCGUUGGAUGUUGACCGACGACCGUUGCAUUGCUGCUGUCAAUGUCGCAUCUAUCGUCUUUUUUUUUUGCUGAAAUGACCUGGCUUGGAUCCGUAUCGCUUUUCGUUCUCGCUCUCGCAACCUCCACAGGCCAUUUAGUUCCUACACAAUCGGCACACACCCGCGUAUUCAUCAUCCUUGCUACAGACGCUGGGCGGUGCUGGAACAGCCUCUCCGCAGGUCUCACUCGUCACUACUCCGUACUGUCUGGAUCAUCAACGUCAACAUCAGUCAUCAACUUCAGCCUUCGUUGUCGUUAUCGUCAUGGCGGAUCGAACCGCGUUUUCACUUGACGAGCAGUACGAAAUGUUCGCAUCAUAGCCUCAUAUCCUUCUCCACUGUAAUAUCUCGU